ACAUCUCUAGUUUCUACUAGUGAAUGGAAUUUUGGGCAGUCGAAAAAUUCCAAAAACAAAUGCGCGCACACGCAAAAGUGAAAUAAUUAGCAUAAUCUCGAUUCGUAAGUGGCUGUGAAAUUCAAAGCGUAUGCUUUGAUAUUAAAGCACUUGGCCCUUCAAGGUGAACAAAACAAAAUGAAGAAAAAUCCAUAGUUAUUGAGUAAAAUAAUUCGUGUGCGCGUACGAGAGUCGAGUGUCGAAUCGUCGUUCGUUCGGUUGUCAAUGUUGCGUGUAUAAAGCUAACGAAUGAAUUCGUUGUAAUUAAUUCACAUUUAAUUGCUGUUUGUGCAUAAUAAAGUUAAAUCAACGUUUAGUCAAAACAAUUUUCAAAUGCCCCAAGCUGGCAGCUCAAUAUCGAGCGACGUUCGUUUUCUGAAUUCCAAAUGAAGUCAUGAGCAGCAGAUUGUAUGAAAACCAACAGCAACAACGAAGGCAGCAGCUAAACAACAAGACAAAAGUCGUUGUCGCAUUAUUACAACAAGAAAAGCUGUAAAAUAAAAAAAAAAAGUGAAAUUAAGUGCUUAAAAACGCGCGACAACAACAGCAGCAGCAGCAGCAGCGGCUGCGGCAGAGACGGCAGCAGCGGCAGCAGCAGCAGCGACAGCAGCAGCAAUAUGACAUGCUCGCGUCUCGUUUACACAAUAUCUCAAAUUAAUUGAAUAUGUUGGCAAAUGAGCAAACCGAAAAUUACGUUAAAAGCCCACAAAUCAAGCGCUUUUAAACGGCUGCUGUUAUUAACAUGGCUGCCGCAUCCGCUGGCCAACAGCUGCAGCAGCAGCAACAGCAACAGCAGCAGCACAAAUUGAAUAUUGUUGGCAAUGCGGAAUCGGUUGCUGGGGUGCUGCAGGUGAACGAGUUGCAACAGCAUCAACAACAGCAGCUCAACAUGUACAAGCAGCAGCAGCAACAGCAGCAACAGCAGCAGCAGCAUCACCAUCAAAUGUUGCAGCAACAGCAGCAACAAUUCUAUCAGCAGCAAACGAAAUUUGUAUCGCGGGUCGUUACAAAUGCCGCAAUGCAACAACAACAACAGCAGCAGCAUCAGCAGCAGCAGCAACAUCAAAUCUUACCAGCUGGUUUGGUAAAUGGUAGCGCCAACAUGAUGCAAGCCACAAAUGUUGCCGGGCAGCAACAGCAGCAGCAGCAACAACAACAACAACAAAAUCAACAACAACAGCAACAGCGCCACAGUCAACACAUUUUUGUCUGUCCAGCCAUUGGCUCGCCGCUGCAGCAACAGCAGCAGCAACAACACCAACAACAGCAAACCAAACAGCGUGCUGCACAAAUAAAGUUGCCUUUAAAGUCAGCAGCAGCCGCAGCAGCAACUGUUGCUGCCACGCACUGUAUGCCGGCAACAAUUGCAUCGCGUCAAAUGAGUCAGAACAAUCAACAUCAGCAACAGCAGCUCUUUGCAAAGAAUGUGGCUAAAGCCAACAAUGCCAACAAUAAUGCAAGCAACAACAGCAGCAACAACAGCAGCAACAACAACAACAGCAACAGCAGCAACAAUAACAACAUCAACAGCAGCAUUAACAAUAGCAACAACAGCGCAAAUUUGGCUCCAGGCUGGCGUCGACUAACCAACAACAAUGAAGUGGCCUACAUCAGUCCAACGGGUAAAACGCUGCGCACACAAUUCCAAAUCAAGGACUAUUUGCUAACACAGGGUACCUGCAAAUGCGGCCUGCCGUGUCCGCUGAGGCCGGAGUACUUUUUCGAUUUUAAUGCCCAGGUGCCCAACAUGCCAUUAAAGGUGUCGCCAGGUAGCGGCCAGGAGACCGUAAAUGCGACAACCACGUCGCUCUGCUCGCAUCAACGGCAUUUGCUCGAAUCGGAGAAGGUGCACAAUCCGCAGCCCGUCAAGGAUUUAAUGAUGGCAACAAUGUCGGUGACAGCAGCAGCAGCAGCAGCAGCAGCAGCAGCAACUGCAACAUCAACAGCUGCUGUCACUGUUGGCGAUGCAUUUACUGCGCUGAUGACAACAGCAACAGCAGCUUCAACAACAGCAGCAACAACAACAGCCACAACAACGACAACGUCAGCAACUGCAACAACGGCAACAACUCUUGAACUGGCCAACAAAGACGCUGAUUGCCUCAAGUAUGGCAACAACACCAACAAUAACAACAACAGCAACAACAACUUUAAGCUGGCGUGCAGGACAUCAUAUGCAGCAACAGUUCCAGCCGCAGCCACGCCCAUAUGCACAGCAGCGACCGUGAUGCAAACUAGUCAAGCAACUGGCAUGGACAGCGCGCCAAAGCGAGCAGCUCCUGCUCCUCUUCCAGUAACAGCUGCAGCAAUAGCUGCCCCAACGCAUGUGAUAAAGCCCGCGACAAACGCGUCUAACCCUGCUCCUCUUCCGUUAGCCCAGCAGCCCAACUUCAAGGAUGAUCCCGCGGGCUAUCUGCAACAGCAAACAACGCUGCUGCACAAUACGCUGGGCGUGGGCUUAGAUGCUAAGCCUGUCACAGCUACUUCCACGGGCUCGGCCACGGCCAGAGCUCUGCCCCAAGAGCCCAUUGUGCAUAGUUCCCAGAAUCAGCAGCAGAGGGAGCGCAUUCGCCGUCUCUCGCUCUUUGCCGGCGGCAAAGUGGAGCAGGAGCCGAGCGCAGCGUCUGGCCAUGUGGCACGCUCGCUGCACGUUGAUACGGCAGCUGCAUUUGCACGCCCACAGAAGCCCCAAAUCACCAGCAUUACAGUGGUGCCGGCGCCGCAGGAGUCGCCAGUGUCCAGCAGCGGGCCCGAGGCAGAGAAGCGGCCCGAGCAAGUUGGCGCCAUCUCAACCAGCCACGAAAGUCCACGCCACAGCCUCUCUUCGCCCACGGACUCUAUAGACUCGGCCAAGAGUACGCCCUCCGCCUCGCCAAAGCCGCAGCAGGCGCAGCUUCAGAUGCAGAUGCGCCAGCCCCAGGUCCAAACACAGGCAACGGUACAGCCCACAGCCCAGCUGCGUCUGAUGCGGCAACAGUGUCAGCCCGUGGUGGGUCAACGCCAGCCGGUGGCCAUUAAUGGAACCACUACGCUCACACGCAGUAUUGUUACGACCACGGCGGGCAUCAGUCGACCAGGCACCACGCUGAGCAGCGCCAACUCCACCGUGGCUCACCUGCAAUCGAUGGCGAGCAAUGCUGGCGGCAACCAGCUGAUCAUGACUUCAUCCGGCCAACUGCUGGUCAUACCCUCGGCCAGUAAGCAGCAGGCAACCGCUGCACAGCCGCAGCGGCAGGCGCAGACAGCACAGCUGCACGCACAGCCUGGUGGCGGUUACAUUGUUAGCCAACCCUCGCCGAUACUCAACACUAACGGGGCCAAGUUGCUGCAUCAUCAGAUAAUCAGCUCGCAGGCCAGCCAAAUAAGUCAGAUCAGCCAGGCGGGCGCCGCGGCGGCGCCACAGACAGUGCUGCUCAACACAUUGCCCAAUGGCGGCUACAUCGUCCACCACCAGCAACAGCAGCAACAUACGCAGCAGCAGGAGCCACAUCAGCUGCUGGGUAUGCCACAGCCAGCGACCCACAUUAUUGCCUCGCCCGAGGCUAAGCGGCGGACACGUAAACGCAAAAGCUCUGUAUGCAGCACACCGCCGCCGCCGCUGGUCUGUGGUGUUAACGGGUCGCCGGCAAAGGCGCAUUCGCCACAGAUCUCACCCAGCAUACCCAGCCAGGCGCCAGCGCUGCUGCAGCAGGCGGCAAAUGCCGCGGCGGUUGCAGCUACGGCGCCACCGCCGCAAUUCUCGCAGCAAUUCCAGCUGAGUCCAGGCAUCCAAGGCAUUGUAGUCAACAAAACAGCGACGGCGGCGCCUCAAACGCAGCAGCUGCUGCUACAGAACGGACAAAUACUGCAGCAGGUGAAUCUUAUUGGGCAGCAGCUACUUAUGCCCGCUGGCCUGGUCAUGGGCCCGGACGCAACCCUGUUGCAGAUACAAAAUAUGCCCACGACAAGUCUGCUGACGCACCAGGGCCCGGUGAUGCUGCGCACGCCCUCACCGCAGAACAAACCCUCCUUCAUAUCGCCCAGCGGCGGUGGCCAGCAGUAUAUAGUGGGCGCCAAUGGACAGCUCAGUCCCAUUGGCCAGAUCUACUCGACGCCCAUGGGCCUGGUUAUGCCCACAGCUCAGCAGAGCGGCGCAUCCUUUGUGCAGGCCAGUCCCACGGCCACCAUACAGAUUCAGCAGCAGCAGCCGCAGCCACAGCAGCAUAUAAGCCUGCAGCCACCCCAGGCGACCAGUUUCGUCUCGGAGUCGCAUAGUAGUCGCCAGGCAACCGCCGCCAGUCCGCCGGAUACCACCACAUGCAGUCCGCGCAGUCCCGAGCGACCGCCCAGCCAUCGCAGCAGCGGCAGCGGCGACAUGGUGCAGUGCGUCUCCAGCUCGGAGCCUGAUGCGGCCAUUUCGCCACAAAGUACCGAGAGCCGCCAGUCGCCCUCUUCCACGGAUUGCGAGAGGAGCAUCUGCAGCAGUAACGUGUUUAGCCAGCCUAGCAGCAUGUAUAAGCCCUCGGAGCCUAAAAUUCGGCGUAUUCACAUCACAUCGCAGCCGGCGCCGACGGCGACGGAGAGCAACCACUCUGUGGGUCUUAUGGGUCAAGGUAUGCGUUUGGCUAGCUCUACAGCCCUGUCCAUCUCAUCAUCAUCGUCAACUUCAUUGUCAACACCAUCAAUAACAACGGCGGCAUCAGGUCGCCAAGCCAUGCACCAGCACCAACACCAGCACCCGCAUCAGCCCCAUUCCGCUACCUCGAACAGCCACCACAGCGUCUUUAUCCAUAAUCAGAAAGUAGUUAGCGUUGACUACCAGGAGUCGCCCACCACGACGCAGCUGCCGACCAUUUCGGAUGCACCAGCACUCAAUGAAGCUGCACCACUCAAAACCACCUGCCGCACGCCCACCAAACGGGCACGUCGACAACACCGCGCGUUGGCAAGAAACUCGCCAACUGGCACUGUGGCACUGUUGCCACCGCGAACAUUUGCCAUUGGCGAGCUGAUCUGGGGGCCGGCACGUGGACACCCCGCCUGGCCAGGCAAGAUAGUUAAGAUGCCCGACGGUGUCUGUACACCGUCGCAACAGUUCGAUCACGUGUGGGUGCAAUGGUUCGGUGGCAACGGCCGUUCCAGCUCCGAGCUAAUUCCGGUCAACUUGUUGCAGAGCCUAUCCGAAGGCUUGGAGGCGCAUCACAAGGCGCAAAAGGAUACCAGAAAGAGCCGCAAACUGAACUCGCAACUCGAGCAAGCUAUACAAGAAGCAAUGACUGAGUUGGAUAACAUUUCAGCAUCGGCAACCACAGCAGCAGCAGCAGCAGCAGCAACAGCAUCCGCAGUAAUUGGCCACCAGCUGCAGCAGCCCACGUCAACGAACAAUGGCGGCCAUGGGUUGGCGCGGGGCAAGCGCCAAGGGACGUUAAGUGGGCAGGCGAACGUUGGGGGCGCCACCAUGACGCUCUCCGCUAGCACAGCGGCAACUUUGAGCGGACUCUUCAAUCAGCAGCGUGCCAAGCCCAUACGGAUAGCGCCCGCACCGCCAACGGGCGUGCCGUCAGCAUCGAGUGCAGCGUCGUCGCCGGCGGCAGCAGCAGCGGAGAUCCUGAAGCUGGCCAAAUGACCAGCGCUGUCGGCGCUGCCGUCGACAGUAACCACAGCAAACUAUACGCUCGUUAUUGGGCACAAGUAGAGCCAGCUGGCCACAAACAGUAUAUACAUAUAUCUAUAUACAUAUAUAUAUAUAUAUAUAUAUGUGCAUCCAUACUUAAGUGUGUAGUUAGAUAUCAGCCCCAACUGUCUGUCGCUGUUUUCUAUAAUUUUCUAUCGAAUUACGAAUCUGCUUAGUUGCGCCUGUGCGGCGAUGCCACAUCUUUGAAAUAGACAAUAAAACAAUAUAAAAAUGUUAAAGGAAACGAAGUUACAAAGAAGAGAGAAGAAGAGAGAAAACGCUUAAACAAUAAGAGAACAAUAGUUUUUUGUUGCUUUGUCAAGCAGUGCGCCUGCCCAAAGCGCGAAACUCAGUUGUUUUUGUUUUUCUGUAUAUAUUUACAUAGGAGGAUAGAAGCAGGAUCGGAGCGAAUGCCUAUUUUUAUCAUUAUAAUGAACAGAUUGUAAAUGUUAGGUACAUAUUUAUUUAUUGCGUAUAAAGUAUAUAGUUUGCAUAGGUUUUUUGUUUUCGUUGCAAUCUUUAGACUUAACUAUUAUUUUUAUAUUUAGAUAGCAUAAGCCGACUUUUAGCCAUUAAGUUAUAACCAGCCAAUUUAUGCACCUUUCGAUGAGCUACUUGUUUUUGGCUCAAUCCAACAAAAUUCUUGCAGGAGAAACACAUAAAUCAAAAGCAUAUAACUGAUACUAAUUCUAAUUUUGAAAUACUUAAAGAAUGGGAAAUAUCAACAAAUUAUUUACGUUAAAGCAAAAAACUCAACAACACUCAGCUAACGAGUUUGAGAACCUAACAAAAAA